CAGGGGCGGACUGACCAUUUGGAAACUCGGGCACUGCUCAAGGGCCCGGGGUCAGUAGGGGGCCCCAUAAGAUGCCCCUGGUACCUUUUUCAUAGGCUUUUUUGAGUUUGGGCAAGGACACAGGGGCCCCAUGAUCCCCUAUUGCCCGGGGGCCCCAUGAGUUGUCAGUCCGCCCCUGCUCCCUACUCAGGGCCACCCAUCAGUGCCCACCAGUGCCACCCAUCAGUGCCACCAGUAAGUGCCAUCAGUCAGUGC